AUGGAUCUUGGAGAAUAUGUGUUGAUAGUCGAGCAAUCAACAAGAUCACGUGGCUACCACCAGAUCAGAAUCCGACCGGGUGAUGAAUGGAAAACUGCUUUCAAGACGAGGGAAGGCUUGUUUGAAUGGAUGGUGAUGCCUUUUGGUUUGUCGAACGCACCAAGUACAUUCAUGAGACUAAUGAAUCAAGCCUUACGACCAUAUAUUGCGUCUUAUUUCUGGGAUAUGAUAUCGAGUGAUGGUUUAUCCAUGGAUGUGGGCAAGGUUGAUGCUAUCCGUUCGUGGCUAGAACCGCGUACUGUCUCGGAGGUUAGAAGUUUUCACGGUUUGGCUUCCUUUUAUCGCAGAUUUGUGUCUCAUUUUAGUACAAUCAUGGCUCCUAUUACUGAUUGCAUGCGAGACACCAAGUUUUUGUGGACCGAAGCGGCGAGAGAAUCUUUUGCAUUGAUCAAAGAGAAGCUCACUUCAGCUCCUGUCCUCGUUCUUCCUAACUUUGAAUCCACGUUUGAGCUUCAUUGUGACGAAUCUAAGUUGGGGAUUGGUGCAGUGUUGAACCAAUCGUCUCGUCCAGUUGCCUUCAAUAGUGAGAAACUUUCUGGAGCUCGUAGUCGUUACAGUACUUACGAUGUUGAGCUUUAUGCGGUGGUGCAAGCGAUUAAACAUUGGCGUCACUAUCUUGUCCAUCAAGAUUUUGUGUUGUUCACAGAUCAUGAUGCUUUGAAACAUCUUGAUAAUCAGGUCAAGGUCUCUGCUAGACAUGCUUCUUGGAAAUCGCGUUUCUCCAGCAGUUUACGUUUACGAUCCGCCAUAAGUCUGGAAAACUUAACCGUGUGGCUGAUGCGUUGA